AUGGCUCAAAUAGUUGGAAAGAGUUCAUUGACAAAUGCUGAUCGUGAAAAAGAUUCUAUUUUAGCAAUUCGACAAUUGGAAAAAAGAAUUCGACAACUUAAUCGAGAGAUAGAUACAUCAUUUAAUUCUCGACACAAUGAAUACAUUGAUUUGUACAACGAACUUUCAACAGAUAAAAAUGAUUACGAACGAGCAUUUGAAGCAGAAAAGUAUCGAAUUCGUCAACAAUUAUCUCGUAUAUCACAAGCAAUUCGUUCAUUUUCAAAAGAUAUCAAACAUAUAAAGCCAGACCUGAACAUUGUUAAUAAGAUAAGUGCCACGAUCGAAGAAAUUGAACAAACAAUUUAUACAUUUAAAGAAGCAACACGAAUGAAAUAUGAAGAAUUGAUUGCUGAAGAACGUCUCUUAUCAAAUGAAGUUCAAGCAUUAAAUGACAAAAUCGAUUUAUGGUCUUCUCAGAAAUAUCAACGAAGCGAAUCUGCACAACCACAAUCAGCACGUCGAAUCGAAACAUUAUCGGCAAAAACUACGACGUCAAACUUAUUACCAGAAAUUGUUGAUUUUGACCGUUUUUUAUUAGAAACGGGUGGUCUUACAGGUGGAUGGGACGAUUAUGAUCAUGGAACAUUUAUGCGUAUCAGAAACAAAUAUAAAGGUCAGCCAAAAUUUAUUGACGAUCUUAUUGGAUUUUUGCCAACAAGAACACGUGAUCAAAUUAAUGAACAUGAAAAAUGGUAUCAAAAUUAUAAUAUCUUAGGCGCUAAACGACGAGAAGCGUUGAGACAGUGGCGAGAACAAAAAGAACACGCCAAAGAAGCAAUUUUGAAUGAUGCUGAAAAAGUUCAUCAUUCACAAAAAGAAUAUGACGAAGCAAAACAACGUCAAUUGCAAGAAGAAAAAGAACGUGAGCGUGUCGAAAAAUUACAAAAAGUUCAUGCAUGGAAAUUAGAACGUGAAACAAAACAACGUCAAUUAGAAGAAGAAGAACAACGAGAACUCGAUAGAAAACGGUUGAUUGAAGAAAAACGUCUAGCUGGAAAAGAAGAACAAAAGAAAUAUGUUGAAACAAUCAAACGUGAACGUGACGAGUAUGAACGAAAUGCUCGAGAGCAAGAAGCGAAACAACAGCGAUUUGAACAAGAUUUGAGAAAAAAAGUAGCUACGAUGGAAAUAAAAAAAUUUCGACAACGAGACAUGGAAAAUUUAGAAGAAAAAUUAAAUCGAGAACGUUUGCAACGUGAACAAGAACAAGAAAAACAACGUCGUCUUGAAUCGAUUAAAGAACAUGUCAAUAUUCAUUAUGAUCCUCAAAAUUUAUAUGAACCAACGAGCGCGUGGAAACAACGAUUGGAUACACCACGUGAAAAUAAUAAUACAUCAUCUGGUAGUAAACAAUAUCCUCAAAGUAUAAUACAUGUACCUCACAGAGCCGUUCCAAGUUGGCGACAAUAGAAAAAUAUUUAAUUUUUAUUCUUAAAUAAGAGUUAUUCUCUUUCGGGUCAGAUUUCGUUUUAUAAAUGUAAUAUAAUUCCGUCCAUAUCUUAUUUUAAAGUUUCUCUAAUUUUAUACUUUUAUUGUUUUUUAUAUUUUAUAUCACUAGUAAGGCGCCGCUAAUUCAAAAGAAUUGCAAGUUCUUAUUUUUCACUUAAAACUAUAUCAUUCGAUGCAAAAUUUCACGGUGAUUACGAAUAUCACCUUUUGAAUUGAUUUUGAUCCAGUUUUGGGG